AAGGACGUACCGUUAAUUGCGCAACUGCGACCCCUUCUCAGCCAACAACACAAUUUGUCUUCCAUGCUACAACUCAAUCAGGUGGCGAACACAACCAGUACUGUCCAGCAGGAUCAAGCGGAGCAGCCACACGAGCUGAUAAAUGAUAAUGAGGAAGAAGAACUGAUCAAAACUAGACCUCAAAAGAAAUCACGCAGAAGCAGCAUUCCCGAACUAGUUGGUGUUCGUCUUCACAUUCUCACGUUUUUUUCAGUUGGAAUUAUUUCUGAUUUUUUGCAACAAAGUCAUGACUGUAGAUUUUUUUUGCGGAAAUUUUUGUAA